AUAAUAUCAAAUCAAAAUGAAUAUUCGUAGCCAGUCUGUCUUAAUCUUUAUUAUUUCAUUCCUUCUUUUCGUUAACUUCUCUUAUACUGCUAAGGAUGUCAACAUUGUCAAGCGUAUUAUACCUCAGCUGUUCAAAGUCAAAAAAGUUGAAGGAAAUAAAUUGAUUCUUGAAGUUAAAUGGGAUGGAACUGGAAUAAAAGAUCAUGAGAAAGUCACAACAAAACUUCACGGAUGCAAACCUAGCGGGACUUUAACUUUCAGAAAAGAUAAAAAGAAACAUAAAUUUAGUGACCGUGAAACCACCUACGAAUUAGCCGUUCAUGAGAAGAAAGUUCCGGUGCAAUGUUUAUUGGAAUUUACUGGUAAUCUCCAAACAAAUGUGACGUUUGGAUUUCAAACAUGAUUUAAAAUUAUCAAUAUGCUAAUAUAUUACACCUUUAA